AGGAAGGAAAGAUUGUUGUAUUUGCAUGUUGCAUAAAUUCAAAAAUAGAACCAGACUUGACCGUGUCUAAUUCCACUGACUCACAGCCAUGGCUGCCCAUCUCAUCGUUCUUUUCCUCUUCAGUGUGCUAAAAGGAGUUCACAGCACAGCUACAGUCAGUAAAGUUUCAGUAAAAGCUGGAAAAUCUAUCUCCAUCCCAUGUUUCUAUCACUACCAAUACAGAGACCAUGUGAAGUACUUGUGUGAAGGAUAUUAUUGGAAAGUCUGCAGCUAUGCAGUAAAAACAAACAAACCAGACCCUUCAGGAAAAUAUUUAAUCUCUGAUGACAAAAAACAGCAAAUUUUCACUGUGACUAUAAACCAUCUGACAAAUCAAAACACUGAUUACUGGUGUGGACUGGAGAAUAAACCACUAGAUAAUGGAGUGUAUUUUCAGCUGUUAGUUACAAAUGGUACUCCCAGUCUCUAUGUGGAUCAUCAGAGGAUUACAGGAUAUAUUGGAGAAAACAUAACCAUCAGAUGUCACCACAGUAACUCUGGAGAAAUGAAGUGGUGCAGGCUGGACAGGAACUAUGUGACAGGAUCAUCUGGAGCUAUAGAUGGAACAACAGUCACCACUCAUAUGAGAGACCCAAAUGUUUUCACAGUGACCAUGAGUGGAGUAAGGACGAAGGACAGCGGCUGGUAUUGGUGUGCUGAAGGUGACAUUCAGAUACCAGUAUAUUUAACUGUUACUGAGAAAUUUGACACUACCACCACCCCUACUACUAUCAGUAUUACUUCUCACGCUGUUGCUGGAAAUGGAAAAUUUACUACAAUGAAGCAAUGGAAUAAUUUUACAAUAGUGGAAAAUAAACAACACAGAGCUUCAUUUCCCCCAAAGAUCCUCAUCAUCCCUCUGAGCGUUUUGUUCGUGAUCGUAAUUGUGGUGCUGUUCAUCUGGUUUAUACUCAGACACAAACAGAGCAAAGCAGAAUCAUCAGCCACAGCAAUGGUUGGAGAAGAAGUAACAUACUCUGAAGUUAGAAUCAAGAAAAAAUGUUCACCCAAGGCUGGAGACAAAGUAACAUACUCUGAAGUCAAACCCAAGAAAAAACGUUUACCCAAGAGUCCAUUUGCUGAAAGUGACAUGGAACUCGUGCACAGUUCUGAUGUUGAGAAACAGCGUAAUAAAAGGGCUGAAGGAAAAGAAACAGAAGUUACAUACAGCACAUUAGCUAAUCUCUACUGAAAUCUGUACUGAAACUUUUUUGCAAUCUUAACUUUCUCUGCACCUAUGUUACUGGAGUCCUUGUGAGAUAAAUGAUGUAAUGUGUUAUCUGAUGUCAUCAACAUGUUAUGUAGUAAAUAUUUUCUUCGUCUUUUCAAAUAUUUUGUAAAAAAAAACUAUUCCUGCAAAGUUGUUGUCACGGGCUGGGUCUGUGACCAACAUUCCUUUAUGUUAAGUUCAUCUAGUUAUCUUAAAGCUCCUCAGUUGCUCAGUGUUUAGUCCUUAGUUUAUCAGGUCCUUUCGUGUCAUCGCCCCUUGUGUUUUAGUCUCCCUUGUUGGUUCAUGCUGUCAAGUGUGCUCAGUUUACACUUCCCCUAUGGUGUUAUUAUGGUCUGUUGUGUCUGCUGUUUCCUCAUGUGUUUCCACUUUCCCUAAACUCCCCUAUGUGUAUUUUAGUCAGUGUGUGUUCUUUCAGUCUUCAUCAGAUCGUCUGUGUUACCACCCAUCUCAUCUUGUUAAGGUUUUUUCAUGAUUUUUUGUUCUGGGCAUGUUCACGUUUCUAGUUCAUGUUUUUUGAUGUCAUAGUUCCUCUCAUGCUCCAGUGCAAAAUUAUGUUCAUAGUUGUUCAUAGUCUGUCCUAGUGUUCCCAGUUUAGGAUUUAGUUUAGUUUUCGCUACAGCCCAUGUUGCCUUGUUUUGUUUCUUGUAAUCAGCCGUAAUAAAGGCUCGUUUUCUCUUUAAUACUCAAGUCAAGUUCUACGUCCCUUUGUGUCUGCUCUUGGGUCCGUUAAACUAACACAAAAAGCUUCUAAAUGAUGUAGAUGCUUGGUUCUAACCUACAACAAAUUAUAAAAUUGAAGUAACUAAAAAUAAGACCACAAGUAGUGUUUGAGGAACUAGUAGCAAGGCACGUUUGAAGUGUUGGAUAUUGCAUGCAUUUAAAAAUAGAGCCAGACUUGACAGUGGUUCAUGUGGUUGGAGUCCACUCACAGGCAUGGCUACUUAUUGUUUUUCUUUUUCUCUUCAAUGUACUUGAAGGUCUGUCACAUGAGUUGUUUAAAUACCUCCUG